UGCAUGGUGUAGGGGUGGAGUCCAGACCAGACAGGCGUACUAGACUACUACUGAUCCAGAAUAGAGCUCAGUCUGCAGGCGAGGAGAGAUCCAGGAGGUGCUGCUGUAGCUUGGCUCUACCUACCUGUCCACAUUGGAGGUGAGGUAGCAGCUACAAUCACCUUUAUUUUACUGUGUUCCGGUGCAAUGGAGGUGAUGAUGCAGGAGGUGGACUGCAACAGCAACAGCCUGAACGCCGAGCUGGAGGUUCGGAAGCUGCAGGAGCUGGUCCGGAAGCUGGAGCGGCAGAACGAGCAGCUGCGGACCCGGACAGGGAGCUGCUCCGGCGGCCUGCACUGCUUGCCCAGCCCGCUGCCCACGCUGCUCUGCACGGCGUCCUUGGGCUCCUUCACGCCUCCGGAGGAUGCUUUCGACUACUUCCACCCUGGAGCUGCAGGGGAGGAAGAGGACGAGGAGGAGGAAGAGGAGGAUUCGGUUCUGGAUGAGCUGGAACUUUUGGAUUUUGAUUCUCUGUCCUGUUCAGAUGAAUCCGAUGAGACAUGGCUGUACGUGUCCUCUAAAGCCAGAGAGUCCUCAGACGAGUCCCUCACUCCUCUCCAGUGGUGCCGGCAGGCUCUGGAUGGUCCCAAAUCAGAGGUGGAGGCCGCCAGGAGGUCGCUGUCCCUCCGACUGGAACAAGUGUCCAGGUGGCGUAGCUCCCUGUCCAGCCCGUCUCCCACCUCCUCCCCUGGUCCUCCUCUCAGUCGAGUGGCCGGAGUGUCGCCCAUCACUUCUUCCCCAUCAGCCAAACUCUGCUCCACCCCCCAGUCUGAAAGACACGCUCCAUCCCUGUCCUCCCCGCUCCACCCGGUCCUCCACUUGAUGAGUCCUAUAGCGAAGGAUCUCUCCCCAUUAGCUGAGAGGACUCCCACCUUCUUCCCCGCCAGCCGCAGCCGCAGCCUCCGGCGCUGCGCCCUCAGCCCCCAGUCCUCCAUGGACAGCGACCUCGGGUCCUCGGAGUUGGAGGACGACUCCAUCUCUCUGGGAUACAAACUGCAAGACCUCACUGACGUCCAGGUUAUGGCCCGACUGCAGGAGGAGAGUCUAAGACAGGACUACGCCAGCACGUCGUCCAUCAUGGCCAACCGCCGCAGCCAGAGCUUCACCUUCCAGCUCAGCCAGCUCAGCGCCGGCCCCGACCUGGAGGAGGAAGACGAGGAGGACGACGAAGACUACGGCCUCCUGCCCCCUCCGCAGCCGCGCCUCACCCGCCUACCGCACUCCCACACCUUCUCCAGUAUCCGAGACUGGCGAAGAAGCACCAGCUCCCUGUCCACGCCACCUUCCACCCCAUCCACUCCGCCAUACCCCGCCGCUGGGUUCGCCUUUCAGCCUCAGCUCCAAGCCCAGCCCCAGGGACUGGGACUGGGACUGGGACUGGGCAGCCUCUGCGCAGCCGAGCCACAUGGCUUCAGACCAGGAUCAGCCGAAUAUGAGAAUAAGCUGCGGAGGAGCAUGCCUAACCUUGUCAGAACUCCCAGCAUGCCUAGUGUGCCCAUUCCAACCAAUCCUAGUGCUUCCCCUUCUUUGCUUCGUAACAGCCUGAGUUUUGAUUCGUCCAGUGGGCUGGCUCGCCUGCAGUCCUCCAUCCCCUCCCCAGGCCAGCUACAGAACAGGGUCCAAAGCGUCGGGAACUUCUCCUCAUUGUCACGGCCGCCACUAAAGGCCACCGCCUACGUCAGUCCCACCAUCAAGGGCUCAGCGUCCAUGCCGACCUCCACCAACCUCCAGUGUCUGAACAUUAGCGGCGGGGGUAACAGUGGCAUCCCUAUGCUCAGUAAAUCUCCAGGUGGAGGGGGCACGCCCACUUCAGCGCCAAACACGCCCCGCAGCGGCCUGCCUCGCCCCGCCUCCUUUGUUGGCACCCCGACCUCCACCCCCCGCAGCAAGGUGGCCCAACCAGCACGAAGUUUACUGACGCCUCCAAAGAGCUUGUCCACCCUCAGUGCCCUUCGUGACAGCACCUGGAGAGACGGCUGCUACUGAUGGAUGGAUGAACCGGUGCAGUGGAAGCCCCGCUGGCUGGGGUAACUUCACUACACCUCAACGUAAACGCUUUCCUUGGAGACAUUUUAAUGGGUUUGACCAAAAAAAGUACCAUAAAUCCUGCAUAGAAUAGUUCAUCAAAAGGGCCAAAACUCGUGUCAUCCAUUCAAUUCUAUGCAGAAUUUCUUCGGGGAAGGCGGGUUGUGUUGUGCCAAGAGGGAGUUGUUCCCUGUUGCUUAUGUGCAAUAAACCACUGGCUGUGGGGUCCCAGUAACCUGCUAAAGAGGGCUGCCAGUUUUUAUUAAAUGAGCCUCACAUUACUGUAUGUAUUUAUAUAUUUAUUUGAAAUGAAAUUUCUAACUAAUCAGGUGUUUUCCCUCUGGCAACAAGCGCCAACGAUGCUGCUAAAAAUGAAUCCUGUUGGUUUGGGCACAUUUGGUCUAAUUUUUACGAGACAUUAAAGUAUGUACAAAGCUAACUAUUCUGUGUGCUAAUUAUAUAUAUAUUGAUGCAAUAUUAUUGAAUUUUAAAUGUGACCAAAAUGUCUGUUUACAAAGUUGUCUCACCACAGCGUCACAAAACUGUGCAUAUUAACACUUUAACGCCCUGUAAGGGAUCUGUUCUUGUUGCACUUUGUAUAAACUUGCUGAUAUUUUUUAUGUUCUGUUUACUAAUGUUUGCACUUCCUUUUACAUUCGAUCUUCUGGAUUUAAAGGAAAAACACAAAUGUUUUUUGGGGGAGAUUUCACACGGCAUAAUGUAGCACCCUCUGUUUGUAAUAUUGUGUUUUUAAAUGAGCGUCACCAUGACACAUUUCACAAAAUCCUGACACUUUUGUUAUUGUGAUGGACUGAAUGAGCGAAACGUUUUAAUAAAACACACUGAAUUAAAGAUGA